UGCAAGCAUACCCUUCCCUCUCUCUCUCUCUCUCUCUCGCUACAGGCUCUUUCAGGGGCAGCUUGUGCUCAAACCUUGGCUAGCUCCAGUGCAUUAGCAGGGGAAAUUUCUUGCCUUUGUGCUUUUGUGUUGUGCCAGAGAGAUUUGAGCGAGAGAGACCCUCGACAAAAUGAAGCUGUUGUGGGUUGGGAUUGUUGUGGGACUCUGUCUCGGGGAGAUGGUGAGUGGGAAUGAGCUGGUUGGUUUCAAUGCGACAGAGCUGUCCCAUUUUGAAGCUCAUGGAGCUUCCCUUGCUAAUGCUAAUGAACCUCUCAUGGUUGGCCUCACUCUCAUCCAAAGUGCUGCAGCAAAAGGAGCUGUCUGUUUGGAUGGAACAUUACCCGGGUAUCACUUGCAUCGUGGAUUCGGUUCAGGAGCUAACAGUUGGCUCAUUCAGUUGGAGGGGGGAGGAUGGUGCAACAAUGUGAGAUCUUGUGUUUAUCGGAAAAAUACUCGACGUGGAUCCUCUACAUACAUGGAAAAAGAGAUACCCUUCACCGGAAUACUGAGCAGCAGCCCUGAAGACAACCCUGAUUUUUUCAACUGGAACAGAGUGAAGCUCCGCUACUGUGAUGGUGCCUCUUUUAUUGGGGACACUCAAGAUAAGGAUGCACAACUAGAGUUCAGAGGACAGCGCAUAUGGUCAGCUGCGAUGGAAGAUCUGAUGUCAAAGGGAAUGUCAUCAGUCGAACAGGCCCUUCUUUCUGGGUGCUCUGCUGGUGGCCUGGCAUCAAUUCUUCACUGUGACGAGUUUCGUGAUCUAUUCCCUAAAACAACAAGAGUGAAGUGCUUGAGUGAUGGCGGAUUAUUUCUUGAUGUGCUUGAUGUAUCUGGUGGGCGUACCCUCAGAAACUUCUACAGCGGUGUAGUGGAUUUGCAGGGGGUGCAACAGAACCUUCCACGUACGUGCACCGAUCGCCUUGACCCUACACUGUGUUUUUUCCCACAAUACUUGAUUGCCAGCAUCAAGACCCCGCUAUUUCUGCUCAAUGCAGCGUAUGAUUCAUGGCAGAUUCAGGCCAGUCUAGCUCCACCAACGGCUGAUCCUCAGGGAUAUUGGCAUGAAUGUACAUUGAACCAUGGCAAAUGCACUUCGUCGCAGAUUCAGUUUCUGCAAGGGUUCAGGAGUCAAAUGCUGAAUGCGAUCAAAGAUUUCUCUCAGUCUAACCAAAAUGGUUUGUUUAUCAAUUCGUGUUUCGCCCACUGCCAGUCCGAGAGGCAGGACACUUGGUUCGCCGACGAUUCCCCACUUAUCGGAAGCCAGCCAAUUGCAAUUGCUGUUGGGAAUUGGUACUUUGAUCGAGCAGUGGUGAAGGCCAUCGAUUGUGCUUACCCUUGCGACCACACCUGCCACAACCUUAUCUUUAAAUGACGGGACGAUUCAUCGGAGUUAACCCAUUCACAGGACAGCUCUAGGGAAGUGAUAUACGCAUACUUGGUCGGCAGAGGAAUUUGCAGUUCAUAGAUAGUUGAUAACAGACAAUAAAUACUGAAGGCUGCUGAGAAGUGCAAAAAUUAAAGUCAGCUAGUCUCUUUUCAUUCCUGUGGGGGUUGCUUGCUUUAGUCGUACAGAUGAAGCUACAAUUUUGCUCACUUGUCAAAGUUGUUCUCCAAAGUAUCUCACUUGUGUCUGCACUAGCCAAUCCAAUAUUGUUCAUCAGGUACAUCAAAAACGCCGUGUUUAUGGGAUUGUAUCCCUCGACAGUGAUUUCCUCUAUUUGUAUAGCAAUUCUCUCAACAUGUUUCAGUGA